AUGAAGGUCCAUUAUAUUAAUAUAUUAUUGUUUACUCUUCCAUUAAAUAUAUUGGAGCAUAAUCAAAGGAACCAUAAGAAAACUAUACUUCGUACACCCAAAACUAAACCAACAAGAACACAUAGAACAUUAUGCGAAUGCAAAUUAUAUGCACCGUCUAACUAUGAAAAUGACCCGGACAUGAAGGAACUAAUGGAAAAUUUUAAUCGUCAAACGUCUGAACGAUUUCGCCAAUAUGACGAAAAAAUACAAGAUAAACGAAAACAAUGUAAAGAAAAAUGUGAAAAAGAUAUACAAAAAAUUAUUUUAAAAGAUAAAAUCGAAAAAGAACUGACAGAAAAUAUUGGAGCAUUACAAACUGAUAUAAGAACUGAGGAUAUACCCACAUGUGUUUGCGAAAAAUCAAUAGCAGAUAAAACAGAAAAAGUUUGUGUUAACUGUGGAAAAACUAUGGGAGCGGUUGCACCUGCUUGGGGUCUGGUUAGUGGUUUGGGUUAUGCAGCAUGGAUGAAUUAUGUUGCUGGGUUUGCUGCCAAAGCUGCUACAAAUGCAGGUGUCAAGGAAGCAAUUAAGGGAUUAGGAAAUAUCUAUUUUCUAAAUGAGUUUUCUUAUAUAGAUUUAGCUACAAAAGUUACUGCAACAAAUUUUGAUAAAACAGUGGAGCUUAUUCAAAUUGUGAACGGAGUAAGUAAUAUGUGUGGAAAAUCUGGAUUAGCAGACGAUACAGCAUUUUGCAUGGCAAAAGAAGUUAUAAGUAAAAAACCUGGUAUGUUGUUUGCUAGAACUAUUUCUCAGAAGACAGCAAAAGUUGCAGCAGAUGCUGGUCAAGCUGCUAAAACUGCAGCAGCUAAUGAGACUGCCAAAUUCGCAACAAAUACUAUUAUAUUAACUAAUACUAUAAUUUCUUCCAUUGUUGCAAUAGUAGUUAUAGUUUUGGUUAUGGUAAUUAUUUAUUUAAUUUUACGUUAUCUCAGAAAAAGUAAAAUGAAGAAAAAAUUGCAUUAUAUAAAAUUAUUAAAAGAAUAG